AUGUAUCUGUCCACAGUCUCGCUCAUCUUGGCACUUUCUGCCACUGGAGCCCUUGCCGGCCUGCAUAACGACGCUCUUUGUGUCACCGGCCGAACACGUUCCCCUGUUGGCGGCACCCCCUUCAGUCCUAGCUACACCUGGGCCAAGGACUACGAAAUCCACAAGGAAGCCACCGAGUGUGCUUGCAGACUCUACAGGGCUCGCAAUACUGGAAAUAAGCAGUGGGAUAGGUGCCCCGAUUGCUUUUACAGCCCGAUUCAACUCACCUGCCACUCUGACGGUUGGCAUAUUGGUGGCGAUGAGGCCCUUGCUCUUGUGCGGAAUCAUAAUGUUGACCCCACUCCCUUCCGCGAGCCCAGCUUCAGUAUGUCCGUCAAUUGUCUUGGUCUCGUAACCGUGCAGCCCAGUCUUAUGUAUCAGAGCGGCCAUGUUCCCGGACACGAGAUCGGCCUGCGUCAUUACCGUCCUGCCCAUCCGCGGACUCUUGGUCUCCGAGAUGUCUCUGAGGACGAAGAUGCUUGGACGGGCCCCGUCAUCAGGUUGGAGCCUUGGCUUCACAAGGACUUGGCCUGUCUUGUUGAACAGGAGGGAGGUAACAAACUACGAGAGGAAGUCCGUGUUUGGGAUGGCGCCCGUUCACUGGGUCUAUGUCGAUUCGUUUUCACCAAUGCAACCAACGCAUGA